ACGAGCGGGGGCGCCAGUCCGCAAUCACAGCCGGAGGACGUCGGGGCGGCUGUGCCGAGGCUGCGCGCCGCAGGAUUCUCACGGUCCCACAGUCGCGUCGUCCAGCAGUCGCUGUCGACCCCCGGCGCAGGUUCCUGCUGUCGAACUGCAAGGGGCAGGAUGAUUUGGAGCACAGCCCUAUUGCUCGGCUUGGUCCUAGGGACUGGCGCUUUUCUGCUCGAUGAUCCGGAGGACAGCGGCAAGCACUGGGUGGUGAUUGUCGCCGGAUCAAAUGGCUGGUACAACUAUAGGCACCAGGCAGAUGCAUGCCACGCCUACCAGAUCGUCCACCGCCACGGGAUUCCCGACGAGCAGAUCAUCGUGAUGAUGUACGACGACAUCGCCAACUACGAAGACAAUCCCACUCCAGGUGUUGUGAUCAACAGGCCCAACGGCACAGACGUGUAUAAUAACGUCCUAAAGGACUACACCGGUGAGGAUGUCACCCCACAAAAUUUCCUUGCUGUGUUGAGAGGUGAUGCAGAAGCAGUGAAGGGCAAGGGAUCCGGAAAAGUCCUGAAGAGUGGCCCCCGGGAUCACGUGUUCGUGUACUUCACUGAUCACGGAGCUCCUGGACUACUGGCUUUUCCUUCCGAUGAUCUUCAUGUGAAGGACCUGAAUGAGACCAUUCGUUACAUGUACAAACACAAGAUGUACCAAAAGAUGGUGUUCUACAUUGAAGCCUGUGAGUCUGGCUCCAUGAUGAGACACCUGCCGAAUGACAUCAAUGUGUAUGCGACCACUGCCGCCAACCCCAGUGAGUCGUCCUACGCCUGCUACUAUGACGAGGAGAGGGGCACGUACCUGGGGGACUGGUACAGUGUCAACUGGAUGGAAGACUCGGAUGUGGAGGACCUGACAAAGGAGACCCUCCACAAGCAGUACCAGCUGGUCAGGUCCCGCACCAACACCAGCCACGUCAUGCAGUACGGAAACAAAUCCAUAUCUGCCAUGAAGCUGAUGCAGUUCCAGGGUAUCAGACACAAAGCCAGCUCUCCCAUCCCUCUGCCUCCUGUUACACACCUUGACCUCACACCUAGCCCUGAGGUACCCCUUGCAAUCAUGAAAAGGAAGCUGAUGGCCACCAAUGACGUGCAGGAGUCCAGGGAUCUUCUCCAGAAAAUCAGCAGGCAUCUGGAGGCCAGACAUGUCAUGGAGAAGUCUGUGGGAAAGAUCGUCUCCUUGCUGGCGACGUCCAGCGCUGAGGUGGAGCAGCUCCUCUCUCAGAGAGCGGAGCUCACGGAGCACGCCUGCUACCAGGAGGCUGCUGUGCACUUCCGCACACACUGCUUCAACUGGCACUCCGCCACGUACGAGUAUGCUUUGAGACAUUUGUACGUGCUGGUCAACCUUUGUGAAAAACCUUACCCAGUUGACAGAAUAAAGUUGGCCAUGGACAAGGUGUGCCUUGGUUACUACUGAAAAGCUGCCUUCCUGAUGCUUUUCUGAGUGUGAACACGUCCGCUUAGAACAUGAGACUAACCUGAGACUGAAGAGGUGGAGCCAGGAGGAAGCUGACCCCACCUGCUCCCGGUGCUCCUAGGGAAUGCAGUUGGGCCACUCCUGGGCCACGCUCCAGACUUUUCUCUCCGAAGGUGGCUUGCUCACCUUUACCUAUUUGCCCAACCUUCUGCAGGUCAUGUGUGACACUUUGAAAAUCUACAAAUUUGGGCAAGUAAAGCUCUGUAUUGGGAGGCUUAUUUGCUUUUUACGAGGUUCUUUUGCCCGCUUGUUUUAAGGAGAAAGAAGUCCACUUGGGCUUCCGUAGCCCGUGGAAGAGUCUUUGCUCGAAGGAAUUUGAGGCGAGUCAUAGCUGAAACCGGAGUCUUCAGAAUGAUUUUAUUGAAGAGGGUCUUAUGCCCAAAAUGAAAACCUAUUUUUAGAAAAUAUUACAAUUUUGAUUGAUUUAUUUCAUUUUGCAACAAUGGACAAGUCUUAAAAAAUAAAGAUUAAUAACUGAACCCAA